AUGGAGAUCAUCGGAAUCUCAUAUCUAAUUAGCUGGAUAACAGAAACAUUAGGUGAGUGCGGGGACGGGUACGUUUAUAUAGGAUAUUUUGAGUUUUUACACUCUUUUAAAUCUGGAAAUGGGGGAAUAUAUUCUAUUCUGCAAUGUUAUAAUUCCAAUAAAUUAUUAAUAAAUAGAAAGAAUGAAUAAGAGCAUGUCUAGAUAAAUAAUAUUAUAACACGUUUGAUAUAUACUGUAUAUAUAUAUAUAUAUAUAUGUAUAUCAAAAUUAUCUAGAUAGAAGGUACAAAAUGCUGAAUAUUAUUACUAUCUCCACCAUAUUCAAGGCAUUUAUUUAAUUAACCCUUUAAUGACACAACUUCUGGAAUAAAAGGGAAUUAUGACUGAAUAUUACCAUCAUGUGUCCUUAAGGGGUUAAAGCUCUUGUUUAGUAUCCUAGUUAAGAUGGCAUUACCUAAUACAUGCCACGGGCACAUCUAGUCUAUGGAAUACUUAAAUAUUAAUAAUGUUCAUAACUUUCUGUGUGUGACGAGCUGAGCCUCGUCACGUGUUCUUGGAGCGGCCUGCUGGCCAGCCUCUUAGCAAAAGACUAUGGGCCCUUUAAAAAACUAUGUGAUCAGACUUGGUUCGUGGGAUUUAUAUUUAGUUUGGGAACCGAACAGCCGCACAAACCGGAGACCACCCUAGAGCCUGUUAAGCCUAAUUGCUACUUUGUAGCAAUUUCCACCGCAGUGUUCUAAGUGUUCAUCUGGUUGGCCUAAUUUCCUAUGGAUGAUCACGGGGUGGCGGCCAUCUUGUUUGCAUGAACACAAGCAGCGUGGUCGAGUUCAUGGAACUAUUUUCGCACACUAAAACUUCCAAACUCCACUGGACUGGACUGGAGUUAGGUGUUAUAGCACUUAGGAAGACACUGUUCGGUGGAAAAGCUCCAGGGUAAGACUAUUGACUAUGUUCGAUAGUUUGUUCAUUUUUAAACUACCUAAGUAGACCAAACGCAAGCCCUGAUUCUCUGGAACUGUUUUGGGCAAGGGACCAUGCGUGCAGUCAAAUUAUGACUUCCAGUAAAUUCCUGAACCUCUAAACUGAUCUGGGUGAUUUUUGGAUAUAUCGGUCACCCAGAUCAGGGCUAUCAGGUUUUUUUUUUAAUAAAAUUGUAUGUUUUCUGUGCCUGGAGAUAAUUGAGUUUAAUACAGUACUGACUGAAUUAUCUCCCAUGCAUAGGGGAGGGAUUGACCUAUUUUGUAUGGGAGUUUCCUGGACCUGAGAGCCAAUGUUAUCGUGUGUAUGUUUUUACUGUAGUCUACUCUCAGGUCUGUGGGGAGGUGCCCCUUGCAAGGGGACCUGCAUAUAAGGCCAGUUGUGGCUGCCAUUAAAGAGAUUAGUUUUACCCUUCAUGAAGUCUAGGCUCAUGUUUGGGAGAUUGGAAGCUAUAUUCACACUCUGGGGUUUGCUAUAAUCACUAUACUUCCUUGGAUCACAACACUUGUUCUUGUAAGAGCAAUCUGCUUCACUCUCUGGACUAGGAGAGGUCUACCCAUUGGAAGCUGGAUCCUAGUCUUGGGUCCAGGGUGGGUGGAGGACAGCGAGACCCCAACCAAGCUGCGGUUGUUUGGGGAGUUUACGGUGGUUAUAAUGUUCCAGUGCGGUGCUUUUGGUGCUCGCAAGUACUAGGAAGCAGUGAUUGAUGGAGGUACCCGGUCCAUAUGCCAGGGGGUUCCUCACACUGUGAUUAUAAUACACAAGUUUUAUUUUGUGUUCUUUCUCUAACCAUAUGUUCAUUAUUAUUUGUUUAAAACAGGUUUGGCGGCAAACAAAAACAUUAAAGGUGAUGGCUUUGUGGUAACUGAAAAGAAGAGCCGCAAGAAUGCCAAAACACUGAUUCAAAAUGCAAAGAGGAUUAUAAGAAAAAUCAAAAGGAAUGUUGUGAAAAAACUUGAAAUUUAUGGAAAUAAAACAUUAUGUGUAAAGAUGAAGGCAAGCAAUCGGCAUAUCAGGUGCCAGAAGAAACCAUGUGUUCCUCAAAAAGAACAACCUGUGUCUGGCAUUACCACACAGGUCUCAUGUGGUGCUUCAAUCAAUCAAGGAGCCACUACUUCCAAUAAUGUGGAAUUAGACACAACAGAUCAUCUAAGAGGAUGUUCUCUUCCUACUAAGAAACAGAAUGCAAAGAAAACUUUGCACAUCAAAAAUAUUAAUCAGGAAAUAUUACAUCAGAUUGCUGCUCAUUACAAAAAAGAGGUUCUGCAUAAGAGCAAAACAACUUUACUCCAAGAAUCAUUUCAGCAAAUUGUGCCAGAUAAAGUGGUUGAACCAAAUGUUCCACAAAACGUAAAUGAACCAACCGUGCCAGAUGAAGUGGAUGAAUCAACUUUUCCACAAAACAUAAAUGAACCAACCCUGCCAGAUGAAGAGGGUGAACCAACUUUUCCACAAAACGUAAAUGAACCUACCAUGCCAGCUCAAGCUGAUGAACAACCUGUGUCACAAGAAGCAGGUCCUAGUGACAUACCUGAGAAAAACAAAGAACAACACACAGCUGUGCAUUGUGUUGAUAAAAAGCAAGAUGGGCAAUGGCUGCCAUGGCUCAACCUCACACAAGAGCACAAGGACGUUAUAAUCAACGAUGAGUGGUUGGAUGACACAAUAAUUGAUGCUGCCCAGACUCUUCUUAAAAUGCAAUUCAAUACAGAUGGAUUGCAGAGCUGUGUCCUAGCACAAGUUGGCAUGAUGCCUGUGACCAGGGAGGCUGUUCAAAUUCAUUAUGAUGUGAAUCGUCACCAUUGGUUCACAACAGCCUUUAAGAAAGGGAUUGUUGAGGUUGUGGACAGUUUAAGAACAUCACACCUGUCUCCUUCCGCCAGAAGAGAGAUUGGCCAAUGCUAUGGUAAUGUCAUGAAGAACCCACUUAAACAAGUUCACAUGCGGAAAGUGGACCAGCAACCAAACGAUGACGAUUGUGGUGUUUUCGCAAUUGCAAAUGCUUUUGAGUUGCUCAGUGGAAGAAAUGCAACAUGCAAAUAUCUUCAUCGUCAAAUGAGAAAACAUCUGAUUUCUUGCUUGGAGAACGGAAAAAUCACAGAGUUCCCAAAGAGAUUUUAA